AUGUUGAAAUCUAGAUCCCAAGUACUUCUGAAAAGAGAAUUUAAAUAUAAUAAUGGAGCCCUUUGGAGUACACACAGAGUUCUAGGGUUGAAUUCCAGUGUAUCCAAUACCGUUAAGUUACCUUUAUCGUAUCAAUUUGUUCGUUUAAAUUCUACCAAAGAAAAUGAUUCCAAAUCUGUGAUUGCUAAACCUAAAGUGAAGAAACCAUUAUGGACAGUCAUAAAAGAAGGAGCAAGUCAUUACUGGGAUGGUACUAAGUUAUUAGGGUUUGAAAUUAAGAUAUCAUCGAGAUUACUGAUGAAAAUGUCAGCGGGUAAUACUCUAACCCGUAGAGAAAUGAUUCAAUUGAAAAGAACUACGCAAGAUGUAGUUAGAUUAGUACCGUUUGCUGCUUUUGUAUUGAUUCCAUUUGCUGAGUUGUUAUUACCUUUAGCAUUAAAGAUCUUCCCAAAUUUGUUACCAUCUACAUAUGAAUCUACUCAUUCCAAAGAAACAAAAUUAGCAAGUUUAAGAAAGACUAGAGAAUUAGUUACAAGUAUUAUUAAAGAUAAUAAAUCACAUUUUAAACCACAAGGUAUCUCAGAAGAACAAAAAAUGUUAUUCAAUAGAUUCUAUAAGCAUGUUAGAGCUACAGGUGAAAGUGAAUCUCGUAGUCAGUUGAUUGAAGUUGCCAGAUUAUUUAGUGAUGAUACUGUGUUGGAUAAUUUGAGUAGACCACAUUUGAUUGCGUUGGCUAAAUAUAUCAAUAUUCAACCUUUUGGGACGGAUGUUAUGCUUAGAUAUAGAAUCAGAUUUAAAUUAUUAGAUUUGAAAAAAGAUGAUUUUGCGUUGUAUUAUGAGGAUACAGAGCAACUAAAUUCCAACGAAUUACGUAGUGCUUGUGCCUCUAGAGGUAUUAGAAUUAAGGAUACCACAGAUGCAGCUUUGAGGAAAAAUUUAAAAUUAUGGUUGAAUAUGAGAAUCAAGGAUAAAAUUCCAUCGACGUUAAUGGUUCUGGCAACAUCAUACAAUUAUGGUGAUGCUUCCUCGAAGAAAUCCUUAUACGAUUCGUUGUGUGAUGUUUUGAGUGCUAUACCAGAUGAAUUAUACCAUGAGGUGAAAGUCAAUGUAGUUAAGGAAGACAAAGCCACAGCCAAACAGAAAUUGGUGCACUUGAAGGAGCAGGACGAGAUUAUGAAGGAAGAAGUCGAACAAGAAGAAGGUUCUAUUGUGAAAGUUAAGGAUAGUCUAAGUUUAGAUGCAAUUGAUAAAGUUCAAGAAGAAGCCACAGAAACAGUAAGGUCGAUGUUGGCUAAGGAUAAAGAAAUAAAGGAGAAGAAAUCAAGCAAAUAA